GUUUUGCGGUGAUGAAAAUUUUGCUCUUACUCGUUUUCAAAACACUCGCACGCUUACUUGUUCAUACUGUUAAUAGGUGCUUUAAUGUGCUUUGCUUUCGCUUUAUUCGAGAAGUAGUAAACGUGGAGGAAGAUCAGCAAGUGUUUAACGUCGGGGAAACUAUGGAACGAAAGACUUUUUACGAAUUUCGCCCAUUCGAAGUCUGUGCCAUCGAUUAUCGCAGCGAAUUGGCUGUUAGAAAAUAUCCGAACGCCAGAAGUGGCCAUCGAAUCGUCUGCAGCGACUCGGCAGUUUAUUGCUUUGGUGGAUACAACCCGAGGAUGCCUGGUGCGGGUGCGGGUCGAUCUGGUAACAAUGAAAACACGGAACAAUUAUGCUUGUUUCAAGAGCUGUGGAAAUACGACAUUAUACGCAAGGAAUGGUCUCUACUGAUGGACGCGAACAAUGAUUUGCCGUUAGAGUUGGCAUCGAACGCAAUGCUGUUGUGUGGGGAAACGAUUAUGAUAUUUGGCGGAAGUGGCUUCCCGUUUGGGUUAAAUUGCUCCAACAAGCUGUAUGUUUGCCAACCACGUAAACUACCGAAGGAAAUGCUAGAAAUUCAAGUUAAAGGAGACCCUCCUCCGCCGCAGUAUGGCCAGGGAAUAGUCUACACUGAUAACCAUCUGUACACUGUUGGCGGAACAAACGGAUUCGACUACACUUUGGAUGUGCAUAGAUUACACCUCCCAAGCAGAACAUGGGAACGUGCCUACGAGUGCCGUCCUAAUAUUCGUGAAGAUCCAGCGGGGAGGUAUCGCCAUGAGCUGGCUUACAAUGAUUCCAAAAUCUACGUAUUUGGUGGUGGCACCAGUGAAUCCGCCUUCAUUUUAUCCACUAUACCAGUGUACGAUAUCAAGACGAAUCAAUGGGAAUAUGUGGUUACAACGCCGGAUUCAAAGGCAAGAUUGCCAGGAACACCGGCCGCCCGAAAAUGCCAUUCUUGUGUCCAAAUACGCACCGAGCAAGGAGUGGAAGUGAUAGUUGCCGGUGGAUACGAUGGUAAUGCCUACUUUCGGGACAUAUGGAAGCUUAACCUAAUGAGUUUGCAAUGGACGUUGAUGAAAAAAUCCCGAUUACCGUACCCGUUAUUUUUCCACGAUGCUACGGUCACUACCGAUGGGUGCAUGUACGUAUUCGGAGGCAUCAAGUUUAACAACAACACGGACGUUCGCACACACUCGCUAUACAAAAUGUGGACGACCAUUCCAAGGCUCAGUGCCAUCGCUUGGGAAGCAUUGCUGCAUUACAUUCCCAACCUACAUAGCAGAACGAAGGAGCAGCUUUUGGAGUUAGGUAUUCCUCGCCAAUUCGUAGACAGGAUCCACGAUUAAGCUCAUUGGCUGCAACUUACCAGCAGCUCAUAAAAAGAAGCUUCUUAUUUUGAUAUGGUGUGUUAGGCUGUCCAAAUGUAACGAUUCUAUUCAAAUCAAUGACCGUCAU